UGAGACGACGCGGAAGAGAAUCUCCUCUCCGCUGCGGUCCCGCUGCUUCUCUCCUCCGCGUCCGAGAGUCGAUCCAGGGUUGAAAAGAAGAUCAUCUCUUCUUGCCGUGUUUACCUCCGACCGCCGGGUCAAAACCGACACCGGAGUGUCCGAACAAGCAUCUGGGGUCGGGGGAAUGGAGCUUCACGGCAGGGACGAAGCCAAGGGCCCGGUGCUGCACAUCGUGGUGGUGGGAUUUCACCACAAGAAGGGCUGUCAGGUUGAAUUUUCCUACCCGCCGCUGAUGCCAGAUGAGGGUCAUGACAGCAACCUGCUGCCCGAAGAGUGGAAGUACCUCCCUUUCCUGGCUCUUCCUGAUGGAGCUCACAACUACCAGGAGGACACUGUGUAUUUUCACCUGCCGCCCCUCAGUGGAGACAUGAAGUGCGUCUAUGGAGUGUCCUGUUAUCGCCAAAUAGAAGCAAAGGCCCUAAAGGUCCGACAGGCCGACGUCACCAGAGAGACAGUUCAGAAGAGCGUUUGUGUCCUCAGUCGAGUGCCUCUCUACGGUCUGCUUCAAGCAAAACUGCAGCUCAUCACGCACGCCUACUUCGAGGAGAAAGACUUCUCUCAGAUCUCCAUCCUGAAGGAACUGUUCGACCACAUGAACGGCUCUCUGAGGGGUUCGACUCUGGAGGGAUCACAGGUUUAUCUAGGGCUGUCACCGAGGGAUCUAAUACUGCACUUCAGACACAAGGUUCUGAUCCUCUUCAAGCUGAUUCUGCUGGAGAAGAAGGUCCUGUUCUAUGUGUCCCCUGUCAACAGACUAGUAGGAGCUCUGAUGACCGUCUUAUCACUGUUUCCAGGUAUGAUCGAGCACGGCCUGGUGGACUCGUCCCACUACAGACCUAAAGGCAGCGUAUCAGAGGACCUGAGUCUGGUUGAAAGCGUCUCAGGAGCCGAAGAAUUUGUCUCCGUGUCCGUCACUGAUAUCGCCAACACCGCCAUGGAGCUGGAGGGGGUGGAGGCGGCUCAACCCGCCGCAGAGUCUCUCUCCUCUGGGAACAGUGCUGAGAGCGACAACCACCUCCUCAAACCUCCGUCACGAACCUCUCCGGAGUCCUCUGAGAGCGACUGGGAGACCCUGGACCCCAGCGUGUUGGAGGAAGCUGCUCCCAAAGAGGCGGCCGAGGCGGAGCUCCAGGACGCCUUCGACUCCAAACCGGGGACGCCCAUCACGGUGCAGCCUCAGGCGGUCACCGGUCAGGGAGGGGUCACCCAGGGGCUGGUUUCGGGUCUGGAGGAGGACCAGUACGGCCUGCCGCUCCCCAUCUUCACCAAGGGUUACCUGUGCCUGCCCUACAUGGCCCUGCAGCAGCAUCACCUCCUGUCAGACGUCACGGUCCGAGGCUUCGUUGCCGGUGCGACCAACAUCCUCUUCCACCAGCAGAGGCACCUCAGCGAUGCCAUCGUUGAAGUGGAAGAAGCUCGUAUCCAGAUCCAGGACCCCGAGCUGAGGAAGAUCCUGAGCCUGACGACGGCGGACCUGCGCUUCGCCGACUACCUGGUCAAACACGUGACGGAGAACCGCGAUGACGUCUUCCUGGACGGGACGGGCUGGGAGGGCGGAGACGAGUGGAUCAGAGCCCAGUUCACCCUCUACCUCCACUCAUUACUGUCCUCUGCACUACAGCAAGAUAAUGAGAGACUGCUGGCCGAUUACGGGGCUCCUUUUGUCGCGGCGUGGAAGAUCAGCCACAACUACCGGGUCUGGUACAGCAACAAGCACCCCGCCAUGACCACCAUCACUCCAGGCCACCCGUUCCAGGGCCAGUACAGCGUCGCUGAUGUCAAACUACGACUCUCACACUCGGUGCAGAACAGCGAACGAGGGAAGAAGAUCGGAAACGCCAUGAUGACGACCAGCCGCAGCGUCGUCCAGACCGGGAAGGCAGUCGGUCAGUCGGUCGGAGGAGCGUUGACCAGCGCCAAGUCGGCCAUGUCCUCCUGGUUCUCCACGUUGGCCCAGCCUCCACCGGCCGGUCCUGAAACGACCACCGAGGUCAAACCGUGACCGACGAAUCCCAGAACCCCCCAGUGACUCUGUUUCCUCGUCCUCUGGUGGUGAAGCAGGAGUAGCGAGCUGGUUUUAUGAAGGACGUGGGUAGAAGAACGGUCGUCUUUCUUCAAAGAUCAAGUGAAACCCAACGGUCACCGGAUCCCGAUUGGAGAUUCUGGACUUUUUAAGAGAGACGUCGCUGUGGACGGCAGGCUGGAGAAUUAACUGUACAGUCCACAUCCACUGUAAGGCAGCGACCGCCACUGCUUUCAGUCAAAUCCAGAAAAUCUGGCCGGUUGCGUUGCGACCGACGGCCUGCUUCUGUCUGCUGGACGCUUCCCUGUGAGACGCUGAAGACGCUGUUUGGGUUUGCGGUGUUCCCUCUUUGCUGCGUAUUGUCACGGUUUGUCUGUUUUUGCUGAGAAACGAUGUUUUAUGUAAAAUAUCCGCGUCGCAGGUUUGUGACGGAAAAGCAUGAGCUGUGGCACCUUGAAGAUUUUAACGCAGGGGUGUCAAACUCAGUUCCUGGAGGUCCACUAUCCUGCAUGUUUUAGAUGUUUCCCUCUUCCAACACACCUGAUUCAAAUGAUCAGCUUAUCAUUAAGCUCAGCAGAAGCCUGAUAACGAGCCUGAUCAUUUGAAUCAGGUGUGUUGGAAGAGGGAAACAUCUAAAACAUGCAGGAUAGUGGCCCUCCAGGAACGGAUCUUGACACCCCUGUUUUAACGGAUCCGUUCUGGCUCGUGUUUGUCGAUGUCUCCGUAGCAACACUGUGGUUGUCGUGGUAACAGCGAGCAUUCCUCUGUGCGGUUUAAUUUCUCGUCGACUGAAUGACGUAAAGCUGCAAAUAAUCAUUUUCACCUGUAGUAGUCCAUUUUUUAGAUCAUUCUAAAGUCUAAAAAUGUUUGACAAUUGAGGAAAAGGUCCUUCAGAAAACUCAUGAAACUCAAGUCAAAAGAUAUCAGAUAAAGUAUAUGCAACUAAUAGCGUGCUAUUAAUAAAAAUACAGCAGGAAAAAUAAUUAACAUAACACGUUAAAGCCUUUAGGCGACAUGUAACAGUAGCAGUAUAUUUUUCUUGGUGCAAAACUGCAAAAAAAUAAGUUAAUCACAUAAUGUAAAGGAUAAGAUAAGUAUGCUAAGUAUUUAUAAAAUAAAAUGAAAUAAAAUGUUUUAGCUUUUUGUUCACCAAAUAAGACUUUUAUUAGUUUUCACACUUAAUAUUUCUUAGUUAAGCAACUGUAUUUUUCUACUUUUUGAAAGGUUUGGGGGAAAUUAUUCCAUUUAAAACAGCAUUCACACAGUUAAAAAUAAGAUAUUUGGCAUUUCCUUGACAACAGCCAACCAAAAAUUUCCAGUAAUUAUGACCGCUGUUACCAAAACAACCACACCGUUGUUCCAGAAGUCCUUGUGAACCUUGACGCCUGAUGUUGCUGUGAUGAAAACCUCCCUGAACUAUGAAGGAACCUGUUUAUUGGGGUGUUAUUAACCCUCACCCAGGCCUUUUUCUACUCCGCUGUCAACAUAUACAUACACAUAUAUAUAAAUAUAUAUUUGGAGAACUAUAUUUAGUAAAUCUGAAGCUAGUUUAAAAGCAGAUGACUUAUUUAUUUGUUGUGUGGCUUCAUAAAUAUCCACGUUUCGUCAUGAAAACACUGGAACGAGUCCCAGUCCGUGGACCACUGUGUAUUUGCACAAAGCGGCCGUUUUUAAUCUCUUUUCCUUGUGUAGGUGUAACGUCGAGGUGUUUUUCAGGAUCUUUUCCCUCCACCCUACUAAUAUCCGACAUGGAUUAACAGCGGUCCAGUGAGCAUGCUCUGUCCGGUCGAGUGUUUGCUUCCUGUUUUUGUUUCCUGUUUUUGUUUGUUUCAUGCGUUUAAAACCUCCUUUGUCCAUUUUCGGCUUUUCGAAGCUGCUUUUUUUAUCCUCUGAUGACAUGUUUUCAUUUUUUUCUUUUGUAUUUUCAAGCAAAAUAUAUGAAUGUAUCGUGAAUCCAGAUUCGCAGAAUAUUUUUCUUGACAGAUGCUUUUAAUGUAUCAAAGUGAUAUAUUAUAUUGCUGUAUUAAAAAUAAUAAAAGUG